CUUCUUAUAUCUGCCUCUCAUUUCUUCCUCUGUUGACAUUCUUAAACAACAACCACCAUUCCUUAUUUUUCUCUCACUAACAUUCAAAAAUGGUUGCAAAUUGUUUUAGGCUGAACAAGAGUUCAGCACUGUGUUCAACUCAUUGGAACCACACCAAACGUAAACUAGAACACCCUUGUGCCGUUGCAAUGCUCAGAAGACCUUCAGAGAGCAUUACAGAAGAAACAAGAAAAACUAAUGCCUACAACGAUAACUUGUUUGAUCGUUUAGCAAUAAACCAUCUUUCAAAAAGCGUUCAAGAAGCCACAGGACUCAGCAACAACAAGAGUGGAUAUGAGAGCUUGGUCGAAGCAGCUACUGUGGCUAAACACAAAUUUGACCCUAUUGAGCAGCAAGAGGUCAUCAUCCAAGCUUUGGACAGAGCCUUCCCCAGGCCAAUACUUUCAUUCAUAAAGACAGUGCUACCACCAACAUCUAAACUCUCACGGGAAUAUUUUGCCGUUUUCACCACUUUGUUCUUUGCCUGGUUAGUCGGACCUUGCAAGGUGAGGGAGUCGAAAGUCAACGGCAGAAGUGAAAAAAAUGUAGUCUACAUCCCAAAAUGCAGGUUUUUAGAGGAGACAAGUUGUGUAGGCAUGUGUAUCAAUCUCUGCAAAAUGCCAUCUCAAACUUUUAUAAAGGACUCUCUGGGAAUGUCAGUCAACAUGGUACCCAAUUUUGAUGACAUGAGUUGUGAGAUGAUAUUUGGAGAGGAUCCUCCAGGAUCAAGUGAUGAUCCAGCACUGAAGCAACCAUGCUAUAAACUAUGCAAGGCAUAUAAAAAUCAUGGAACCAACUGCCUCAGUUAAUGCACAAGGUGAACAUGGAUGGAACAAGAGUGUCUCCCACACUGGCAAAGCUCGGAC